AUGCUUUCCCCGGAUACACGGCAGUGGAGGUAUCAACGGAGGUCAGAGAGGCCCCCCAAGUCCGGCUGCUCAACUUCCGAAGAACGUGUUACUGCAGUGCUGCUGACCGCCCGGCAGGCUGAGAGGCGGCGGCUACUUCCCGAUCCUUUACCUUUCUCUUCCAGUUCCAAUUUCCAGAGCAAGGCCGCCAAAAUCUACUCUCCCAUGCUGGGCCUUCUUCUCAACCAGACCCAUCGGCAAUGA